UAGCUGUUGCACUAAAUAUUUUUAGAUAUUACAAAUUAUUGAUGUAUUAGCUUUGCAGUGCAAUUGCGUAUGUGCGCAGUAGUCAACUAUGUUCGUAAGGCGACUCCGAAAUGGCGUCCGACGAUAUGGUGCAUUUAAGUGCAUAGGUGCCGGUUCGCGGAAUUUAUCAAGUCUUAGUAAUCUUGAUCAUGAAGAAAGAUUAGAUGGUUGUUUGUUGUCGUUGCCGUCUAAUGCAAAAGUAGUAAUAUGUGGUGGAGGUGUCAUGGGUGCCGCUGUGGCUUAUCAUCUCUCCAAGCGCGGAUGGGGAGCUCAAACUAUCGUUAUAGAAAAAGAAAAAGUUGGUACCGGGAGUCGGUGGUACUCUUCAGGCCUGGUCGGCGCAUUUAAACCUUCUCUUGCUCAAGUAAAAAUUGCUCAGUCUUCGAUACAAUUAUUGAAAGAUUUAGAAUCUCGGGGGAGGCCUACUGGUUGGAAACAAUGUGGAUCACUCCUGCUAGCUAGAACAAGAGAUAGAAUGACAGUCUAUAGAAGAAUGAAAAGUCAAUCAGUUUCCUGGGGAAUAGAAUGUGAGCUCGUUAGUCCUAAAAAGUGUCAGGAGUUAUGGCCUAUGCUCAAUGUUGAUGAUGUGCUAGGAGGUCUGUGGAUUCCUGGUGAUGGAGUUGGAGAUACGCAUCUUUUUUGUAUGUCUUUGAUGAGAGAAGCAGUAGCAAAUGGCGUAGGAGUUAUGGAAGAUUGUGCAAUAACCGCUGUGCAUUCAAAAGAAGGAAAAGUAUCCGGUAUAGACACCACACACGGCUCCAUUGAAUGUCAAUACUUUGUUAACUGCGCAGGGUUUUGGGCAAGGCAGAUAGGGCAGCUAGCAAAGCCUCAAGUUAAAGUACCAUUAUUACCUUGUGAACAUUAUUACCUUCACACUAAACGCAUCGAUAACUUAGAUCCGAUGACUCCAGUUGUUCGUGAUCCAGAUGGUUAUAUAUAUUUACGCGAGAGGGAUGGGUGUAUAUUAGCAGGUGGAUUUGAGCCAAUUGCAAAACCUGUCUAUGAAGAAGAAAUAAGAAAUGCAGAACAAAGAUGCAUUCCUGAAGAUUGGGACCACUUUCACGUUCUUCUCCAGGAAAUAAUUAAAAGGGUACCAAGUCUCAGUCAAGCUGUUUUGCACAAGUUGUGCAAUGGUCUGGAAGCUUUCUCACCGGAUUGCAAAUGGAUUGUGGGGGAAACCCCAGAGAUGUUCAACUAUCAUGUUGCCGCUGGUAUGAAGACGGUCGGAAUAUCAGCAGCAGGCGGCGUUGCCGAAGCCACGGUUGAUGAAAUUGUCGACGGAUACACAAAGUAUGAUAUGUAUGAGCUUGAUAUCAAUCGAUUUCUUGGCCUUCAUAAUAACAAACGUUUCUUAAGAGACAGAAUGAAGGAAGUACCUGGUGUUCAUUACGGUCUACCGUAUCCUUUCUACGAGUUCGAAAUGGGACGUAAUCUGAGAUUGUCGCCGAUUUAUCCGACCCUCCGAGACAAAGGCGCCGUCUUCGGGCAGGUUAUGGGCUACGAAAGACCGACUUGGUUCGAAGCUGUUGAUAAAACCACUGCAACUCCAGAAAACCCUCAGCCAUUCAAGAUAGCUCAUACAAAAACUUUUGGCAAACCACAUUGGUUCGAAACUGUGCAAAGGGAAUAUUGGGCUUGCAGAGAAGCAGUCGGCCUCGCUGACUAUUCAUCUUUUACAAAAAUUGACCUCCAGUCGCAAGGCAAUGAAGUCGUAGACUUGCUACAGUAUUUAUGCUCCAAUAACGUAGAUGUUCCAGUCGGAAGCAUCAUUCACACUGGAAUGCAAAACGAACGUGGUGGUUAUGAAAAUGACUGUAGUCUCGCGCGAAUUUCGGAAAAUCACUAUAUGAUGAUAGCGCCAACUAUACAACAAACUCGAUGCAAAGUGUGGUUAAAGCGUCACCUACCACGAAAUGGAGCAGUUACACUGUCUGACGUCACGUCUAUGUAUACCGCCAUUUGUAUUUUGGGACCGUUUACGCGUAGUGUCCUAUCCGAGCUCACGGAUACAGACUUAGCCCCAUCCAACUUUCCAUUCUUUACUUUUAAGGAGCUGGACGUUGGCUUGGCUAAUGGAAUCCGUGCCAUGAAUUUAACUCACACUGGUGAACUAGGCUAUGUUUUAUAUAUACCAAAUGAAUUUGCUCUGCAUGUAUACAAUCGAUUAAUGACAGUUGGCGAAAAGUACGGUAUAAGUCAUGUCGGAUAUUACGCAACAAGAUCGCUGCGAGUCGAGAAAUUCUUUGCUUUCUGGGGUCAAGAUCUCGAUACCAUGACGACACCAUUAGAAUGUGGUCGUACUUGGCGUGUUAAAUUUGAUAAAGAUAUUCCAUUCAUUGGUCGCGAUGCUUUACUUCGUCAACGUGAAGAGGGAAUUCGGAGGCAGUAUGUGCAGCUCCUGUUGACAGAUCAUGACCACGAGUUAGACCUAUGGUCCUGGGGCGGCGAACCAAUUUACCGAGAUGGUAACUAUUGCGGACAAACGACUACCACAAGUUACGGAUUUACGUUUAAAAAACAGGUGUGUCUCGGUUUUGUUCAGAACUUGGAUGAAGAUGGCGUACCGCAAAAAGUGACUAACGACUACGUAUUAAGUGGUCAUUAUGAAAUUGACAUCGCCGGAAUACGGUAUGCCGCAAAAGUUAAUCUUCAUUCACCAAACUUACCCACAAAGUAUCCAGAUAAAGAACGGGACGUUUACCAGGCGACUAGAAAACUACAUGAAUCUAAUCAGUUCCUGGGAAGACAUUAUCAACCUUAGUGUUUUAAUUGAACUAAUAUGUUUUUUAAUUAUAAUUAAAAUUUGUGUCAAUAUAGGUAAAAAUAACAAAAAAAAAAUCUUCUCUUGAUAAAAAAAUAUAUAACAGAAAUAAAGCUAAUAUUGUGAAUUAGAUACAUAUAUUCUAAGUUGCAUAUAUAUGUAUAAAUAUAUUUAAGAAUAAAAUGAUGUAAUGCUCUUACAAUAUUAUCUAUAAAUAAAAACGA